UGAAAUUUCAAAUGAAAUGUAUCAGUUUUCAUCUGAAUGUCGAUCAAUUCGAUUAAAAAAAAUUGUUGAUAAAUCUUUUAAAAAAUUCUGCUUUAAAAAAUGUUCGCAGCAAUUUUCUUGCUGUUGUUUGUCACAAGUGCAUCCGCCUGGUUCGAAACGUGUGACAGACAAAUAAUUUUAGCUCCACAAACUACAACGACAAUUUCUUCUUCGGGCUAUUAUGCUGCUGGAUCUUCGUGUCGUUAUGCUAUUGAAGCUCCUCAGGGCUUUACGAUCAACGCUGAUUGUGACAUUCAAAUUUAUCGAGAAUCAAAUGGAAAUUGCAACAAUGAAUUAUUUUACGUGAUGAAAGAUGGAAGUAAAGAAUUAUUGGGCAGUGAAUAUCUUUGUGGUUCAGGAAAAGUUAGUCGUACAUCGAAAUUUAAUCGUCUUACCCUUGCUUAUACUUCUGGCACGAGAAAUGUUGGGCAAUUUACUUGUCGAAUCUCAUUGAAUUGCGAUUGUGGUUGGAGUGUCAAUAGCAAAAUCGUUGGAGGUCGAGUAGCUGGCGUCAAUGAAUACAUCUCAAUGGUUGGUUUAAUCGAUUUAGCAGGAAGUUCUGUUUUUUGUGGAGGAAGUAUAAUUUCGCCAUUUUACAUCUUAACAGCUGCCCAUUGUUUCACGGGAUCUCUUUUGACUGUUGGCAACGUUGGAGCUCUCGUUGGCGAUCACGAUUACACAAUUGGAACUGAUACAAAAUACUCUUCAUUAUACAGAAUCUCUCAAAUCAUUCGUCACGGAUUGUUCAAUGCCAAAACCCAUGAAAACGAUAUCGCUCUGGUUCGAACUUCAACGGAAAUUCAAUUCAACAGUGCAGUUGGCCCAGCAUGUCUUCCAUUUGCCUUUGCUAAUUCAGCUUUUGAUGCAAAUGUCCCGUUAGAAGUCCCGGGAUGGGGAACAACGUCAUUCGCGGGAAAAGUUUCGUCAGUUUUGCAAACUGUUCAAUUGGUAACAGUUGAUUUGACGACUUGCAAACAACGCGGCAUGAGCAGUGUAAAUUCUGGACAAUUGUGUACUUGGGCAGAUCGAAGAGAUACGUGUCAAUAUGACAGCGGCGGUAAUUUGUAUUAUCGUUAUAACAAGUUGUACACAAUUGGGAUUGUUAGUUAUGGCGGAACAUGUGCUUCGAAUGUACCGGCGGUCAAUACAAAGAUUCUUGCUUAUUUGACAUGGAUCAGAGCGAAUGCAGUUGGAGCCAAUUUUUGUGAUGCUUAGUUGUCAAAGGUUAUCUGAAUAAAGCAUUUUGUU